AUGUCUACAAUACAACCAGAACAACGAGAAGACCAACAACCGUUAGAUUUAAUUCGUUUCCAAUUAGAUGAAUACGUAUUAGUAAAGUUAAGAGGUGCUAGAGAGUUAAAAGGUAAAUUGCAAGGUUAUGAUAGUCAUUGUAAUAUGGUCUUGAGUGAUGCCCAAGAAUUUAUAUACUCAUUGGAUGAAAAUAGCAAGAUCAAGGACCCAAUAGUGAAGAAAACAGAUAUGGUCUUUGUUAGAGGCGAUUCAGUAAUUUUAAUAAGUCCCGUGCAAUAG